CUCGCCCAGAAGUAUGACCCACAGAAAGAGGCUGAGCUGCGGACGUGGAUCGAGAACGUCACGGGACGGCAGAUCGGACCCGAUUUCCAGAAGGGGCUGAAGGACGGGGUGAUCCUCUGCGAGCUCAUGAACAAGCUGCAGCCCAACUCUGUGAGGAAGAUCAACCGCUCGGCUCAGAACUGGCACCAGCUCGAGAACCUCUCCAACUUCAUCAAGGCCAUGGCCAGCUACGGCAUGAACCCCGUGGACCUCUUCGAAGCCAACGACCUCUUCGAGAGCGGGAACCUGACGCAGGUGCUGGCGGGCAUGGUGAGCGUGUGGGGACGGGCCAAGACAAAGGG